ACUGUCCAUAAUUUUAAAGGGUGCCUCGGGACUGUCCAUAAUAUUAAAGGGUGCCUCGGGACUGUCCAUAAUAUUAAAGGGUGCCUCGGGACUGUCCAUAAUAUUAAAGGGUGCCUCGGGACUGUCCAUAAUUUUAAAGGGUGCCUCGGGACUGUCCAUAAUUUUAUAGGAUGCCUCGGGACUGUCCAUAAUUUUAAAGGGUGCCUCAAGACUGUCCAUAAUUUUAAAGGGUGCCUCAAGACUGUCCAUAAUUAUAAAGGGUGCCUCAAGACUGUCCAUAAUUUUAAAGGGUGCCUCAAGACUGUCCAUAAUUUUAAAGGGUGCCUCAAGACUGUCCAUAAUUUUAAAGGGUGCCUCAAGACUGUCCAUAAUUUUAAAGGGUGCCUCAGGGCUGUCCAUAAUUUUAAAGGGUGCCUCAAGACUGUCCAUAAUUUUAAAGGGUGCCUCAGGGCUGUCCAUAAUUUUAAAAGGUGCCUCAAGACUGUCCAUAAUUUUAAAGGGUGCCUCAAGACUGUCCAUAAUUUUAAAGGGUGCCUCAGGGCUGUCCAUAAUUUUAAAGGGUGCCUCAAGACUGUCCAUAAUUUUAAAAGGUGCCUCAAGACUGUCCAUAAUUUUAAAAGGUGCCUCAAGACUGUCCAUAAUUUUAAAGGGUGCCUCAAGACUGUCCAUAAUUUUAAAGGGUGCCUCAAGACUGUCCAUAAUUUU